AGCACAAAAAGGCAAUAGUAGACUUAUCUGUUUGAAAACUUAUUUGACCAUUUUAUCAUCAACUUGUACUGCAGAUUAUAAAAAUGUAAGAAACGCCUGGCUUAUCCAAGGAUAUGAAAGAGGAUAGACUUCUCUGUUUCGACUUUAGUUGAUUAGAUUUCUAUCUUGACAAUUCUCUCCAAGAGUAGAAAAAACCUCUAUUUUCAUUUGAGGACAAAGAACCAAAAUGUCGUUUAAAACACCCUUCUUUUUUAACCAACCAAAAUGUCGUUUAAAACACCCUUCUUUUUUACAGAUUCCUUUUCAACAAAUUGCAAUCCUUCUGAAUAUUUGUUCUUCUGUUACCAAAAUUUCCAACUUUGUCCUAUAAAAUCUGUCUUGAUUCUUCUUCUAGCUGCAUAUGGCUAAAGUAUUAAUCUUCCCAAGAUGCACAUCAUUUCUACAUCCUUCAACAUCAACUGCUGCAAAUCUCUAAACCAUUUGAGACUAAAACCACUCUCCAAAAUCCUUUCUUUUUAUUCUUCUUCUAUACUCCCCUGCUCUAAAUUACCCCACUACAAAACCAAACUUGAAAUAUCCCAAUGCAAAUGGAGGACAAAUCAUAUUUUUGUCCAAACCAAUGCACUACUGUCUCUUUUAGAAAUCAAAUGCAAAUACAUGACUCAACUCAAACAAAUUCAGUCUCAGAUGAUUAUCACUGGCCUAUUCUCAGAUGGGUUUGCUUCAAGUCGUUUAAUAGCCUUUUGUGCCCUCUCAGAAAAGGGUAAUCUUAAUUAUUGUAAAAAGAUUUUGUAUAAUAUGGAAAACCCAAAUACAUUUUCUUGGAAUAUGGCUAUAAGGGGCUGUGGUGAAAGUGAAAACCCCAAAGAUGCGAUAUUUUUGUACAAACAAAUGCUUAACAUGGAAAACACAAAUACAUUUUCUUGGAAUAUGGAUAUAAGGGGUUGUAGUGUAAGUGAAAACCCCAAAGAUUCCAUUUUUUUGAACAAACAGAUGCUUAUAACUAAAGGGAGUGAAUGUAUUUGUUUGAAGCCUGAUAAUCAUACUUUUCCUUUGUUGCUUAAGAUAUGCUCUAGAUUGGAUUUGUAUUAUAUGGGUCAAGAGAUUCUUGUGCAUAUUUUGAGGUUUGGUCAUGAUCAAGAUGUGUUUGUGCACAAUGCAAUGAUUCAUUUUUUGGUUUCUUGUGGGAAGUUGGAGGAUGCAAAUAAGCUGUUUGAUGAAAGUUCUAUGAGGGACCUAGUUUCUUGGAAUUCACUGAUUAAUGGUUAUGUUAGGACUGGGAGACCGAGGGAGGCGUUGAUGGUAUUUGAGAAGAUGAAAAUGGCAUCUGUGGAGCCCGAUGAAGUUACUAUUAUUGGGAUAGUAGGGGCGUGUGGUCAGCUUAAGAAUUUGGAGCUAGGGAGGAGGUUACAUAGCUAUGUUAUGGAUACAGGCUUGAAUAUUCACGUACCACUUUGCAAUGCACUCAUAGACAUGUAUGUGAAGAAUGAGAGUGUACACGAAGCAAAGGCUUUGUUUGAUAGGAUGGAGGAGAGGACUAUGGUAAGUUGGACUACAAUGAUUAGUGGGUUUGCUAAAUUAGGCCUUUUGGAUGCAGCGAGGAGGCUUUUUAAUGAGAUGCCAGAGAAAGCUAUUGUACAGUGGAAUGCCUUGAUCGGAGGUUAUGUCCAAGCUAAGUGUGGUAAAGAGGCACUGGCUUUGUUUCACGAAAUGCAAACCAUGAAUGUAAAACCUGAUGAAGUGACUAUGGUUAGUUGCCUAUCAGCUUGUGCGCAGCUUGGCGCACUUGAUAUUGGGUUUUGGAUUCACCACUACAUCAAAAAACAUAAGCUUUGUCUAACUGUUUCACUGGGAACCGCGCUUGUUGAUAUGUAUGCCAAAUGUGGUAAUGUGGAAAAGGCACUUCAAAUUUUUCAUGAGAUGCCCGUGAAAAACUCAUUGACUUGGACAGCUGCAAUUGGUGCCUUAGCAUUUCAUGGAAAUGGACGUGAUGCUUUGUCAUAUUUUUCGAAGAUGGUUGACGGUGGCCUGAUACCAGAUGAUGUCACAUUUCUCGGGGUCUUAUCAGCUUGUUGUCAUGGAGGUUUGGUUGAAGAAGGGCAAAAGCUUUUUGCUGAAAUGAGUGCAAAUUUCAAAAUUCCUCCUAAAUCUAAACAUUACUGUUGUAUGGUGGACCUUUUGGGCAGGGCAGGGCUUUUGCAUGAAGUUUAUGAGUUUGUCCAGAGAAUGCCAAUGGCGGCUGAUGCUUCAAUAUGGGGAGCACUGUUUUUUGCUUGUCGAGUUCAUGGGAACGUCGAGAUGGGGGAAAAGGCAGCUCUGAAACUUCUUGAGUUUGAUCCUGGUGAUAGUGGAACUUAUGUCUUACUUGCUAAUAUGUAUGUUGAAGCAAAUAUGCGGUUUAAGGCACGAGAUGUUAGGAAGAUGAUGGAUGAAAGAGGAUUAGAAAAAACACCUGGUUGCAGCUCCAUUGAAGUAAAUGGAAAACUUUUUGAGUUUAUUGUUAGAGACAAGACACAUCCACGGUCCGAUCAGAUUUAUGAAAGUUUGAUUCACUUAACGAGACAUAUGGAAAUAGUUAAUUGUUUUCCAUUUACCGGAUAUGACCUCCUACUCGAUACUGAUGUUCACUGCUCAAUAUAAGAAUUCUGUCGCCAAACCUACUUAAGCUACAUAAAAGCUUGGCCCCACAGACAUGUUCCAAUGGUUAGGAGGGGACAGGAGUUGACCUGCAAUCGUCAGGCCAUGAGCCUGACUACUUGAUCAUCUUCUUCUCCUGCGGAGGAGCACAGUUAGCUGGUCAGGUAGAAGGAUGACGAGAUGACGGAUGAGCUAAAAGGUUUUAUCUGUGACAUUUUCUCAGCAUAUAUUGGCAGCAGCCAAAUACAAACCCAGUUCAAGGAAGGAGUUCUUCUACUCCUGGAUUUCCAGAAGUGGAUGAUAAUCCAAUACCAGAACCUGAAUUUACCAUGGCUCUGUUCACAAUGGGAUGAGAAAGGCUGGUGGACGAGAGGGGUCCAGGAGCUAUCCAAAUGUUUUUCAACACUCCAUCCGCUUAGUAUAUUUAGACUCUGUUACAAGGCUAAUUGGCAGAAUUGAGCAACUGGGGAGCCUAAACGUCAUUGAGGAUGAGUUCAUCGGUCAACAAACGAAUUCUAUCUACAAAUGCUAAUAAUAUGGAUCGGUCAACUUGUCAUGAUUGAUUGUCUCAUACACUUAGAUCAGACAAGCUUGGAGAGGUGAUCUAAAUCGCUAUCAGAGAGAACUGAACUUAGCGUGCAAAGAUGGUACGAUCUACAGAUGAUUCGGAUGUGAUGUGCUGCUUUUCUAGAUCAUGAAUUUCCUUGUAUUACUAGUCAUUGAUGGGUUCUUCAUACUAGUCUUGAACCCCUGACCUAGUGGAAAACUUUAAAGCCAAUAAGCAUUUACUCAACUCCCAAACUCAA